AUGAUAGGUGAAGUUCUCAACAAUAAACUAGUUAUUCUAUUGAGAAGUCAAGUGAGAAGUGAAUGUCGAAUUCGAAAUCAUUAUGGUCCAGCUGAACUUACUAUUAAUUGUAUCAAUCAUCUAGUUGAUCUAAACACAGAUCAAACAGAUAUUCCCAUAGACAUAUUUUUACAAACUGUUGGUAUUGGACAGGAAGGAGAAUUAGUUGUUGGAGGUGUUGGUGUUUUUGCUGGAUAUCGUGGUCGUGAUGAUUUAACAGCUCAAGUAAUGAUUAAUAUUAAUGAGCAAAUAUUUUAUAAAACAGAUGAUCUUGUUCGAAUGGAUAGCAAUGGAUUGAUUCAUUAUGUUGGUCGAAGAGAUUUUCAAGUGGAAUUACGUGGACAACGUAUUGAAUUACAAGAAAUUGUACAGUGUUUACUUAUGUUAAUAUCCAUUACUACAUGUGUCGUUAUCAAAUGGGAUGAUAAUCAUUUUAUUGCUUAUGUUCAAAGUGAUAACCUUAAUGUUGGACAAUUACGUCAUCAUUGUCAAUCUAAUCUACCAUCACAUAUGAUUCCAUCAAUAUUUGUUAUAUUUGAAAAACUACCUUUGAGUCUAAAUAGAAAAGUAGAUCGAAAACGUCUUCCACUACCAGAUUUAUCAUUAUCAACACUCUCAUCAACAUCAUCAAUAAUAGUAUUAGAAAACAGAUCUAAUCUUCCACAAAAUCAAUUACAAAAACAGAUACAUGAUAUUUGGUAUGAAAUUCUUCGAUGUUUCGGACAACACAUUUCAACAACUGCAAAUUUCUUUAGUAUUGCUGGUCAUUCAUUUUUAUUUAUUGAACUUUAUCAUCGAUAUCAACAAUUAUAUGACUUUGAUAAUCGUGUACUUUCUAUUGCCUUAUUUCUUCAACAACCAACUAUUCUUCAACAUUCACAAUUACUUCAAUCUAUUACAAUCAAUCAAAUGAAACCAGAACAUUGGCAUACACUACAUAUCAAUCAAGGUAUUGCAUCUUUUGCUCAAGAACGUAUUUUUCUUGAUGAACAAAUGCGUUUUUCUAACAAAAUUGCUAUCUACAAUGAAUUGACUGCUUUAAAAAUGAUUCAAGGUUCAAUAUCAAUAAAUCGUCUAUUAGAAGCUAUUGGAUAUAUUUUAAAUAAACAUAAAAUAUUACGAACAGUUAUUAGUUUUAACAAUGAUAAUGGUAUUCUUGAACAACAUAUUGAUAAUAGACGUCGUAUAUUUCAACUUGUUCCCAAUCAAACAUUUAAAAAUGAAAAUGAACUUCAAGAUAUUCUCUAUCAAACAAUUAUUAAUCCUAAUUUAUUUGAUUUAUCCACUGGUCGUGUUUUUCAUUGUGAAGUACUUCGACAAGAAAUCAUAUCUAAUAAUAAUAGAUUCACUACAGAUUCUGAUCUUCUUCUUAUAGCAUUUCAUCAUGCUGCAACAGAUCGAUCAGCUUAUCAAAUAUUUCUAAAUGAUCUUUGUUUUGCUUAUAGUACAAAUGUGAAAUGGACAGGUGAUGAAGAUUUACUACAAUAUAUUGAUAUGAAACCAUCACGUGAAUUUAGGCUUCGAGAAUUGAAAGACUAUGAUUUUGAACAUCGAUUAUCAUUAUCAACUAAUCAACAUUGUUUAUCUAAUGAUCAACGAUCUGGUUUUACUUCAAUUGCUCAGAUUUCUUUUGAUAGAAAUAUUUCAAAAUCAUUUCUUAAUUAUGUUUCUACACAUCAAACUACUCCAUUUCAAUUAGGUAUGGCAUUAUUUUAUAUUUUUCUAUUUAAAUUAACUCAAGAUCAAAAUGAUUUAUGUAUUUCUUGUCAUAAUGAAAAUCGAUAUAAAACUGAAUUACAAAAUAUGAUAGGAAUGUUCAUUUCAACAUUACCAUAUCGUAUGAAACUUAAUUCUAAUUGGUCAUUUAAUGAGCUUGUUAAACAAGUACAAGAUAAAUGUUUAUCAAUUCUUGAACAUUCUCAUUAUCCAUUGCAAAAUAUUCUAACUGAUAUUCAUGCUAAUCAAUCUAAUAUUUCUUUUCUUCAAACAGUAUUUGAUUUUAUUACCCAAUCUCCUAAUAUUGAUCAAUUAUCUUUAGAUGAUGUCACUUUAGAACCAAUUGAAUUAAAACAAUCAAUUGAAAUUGCUAAAUCUGAUUUUAUGUUAACAUUUAUUUACAAUCCAAUGUCAAAUGAUGAUAUGUUAUCAUGUCGUUUUGUUUGUUCACAUGAUCUAUUCGAAGAUAUGACAGUUACAAAAAUUGCUCGACGCUUUCAGUAUCUUAUUGAACAAUUAUUUUCAGUGGAUUCUAAUAAUAAUCAAACUGAUAUUCUUUUUUCAUCUAUUACUAAACUUAGUCUUAUUUUACUAGAAGAAGUUCAUGAAAUGGAACGAAUAAUUUUUUGUCGGCAGCCAGAUAUUAUGAAUGAAGCACCAGCAUCAUAUGCUCAAGCACGUAUUUGGCUUGAUGAAAGAAUUCGUUUUGAUUCAAAAAAUUCACAAGUUGCCAUAUAUAAUAUACCUUUUCUUCAUCAACUUUCAUCAGGUGGUAAUCUAUCAAAAUCUAAACUUCGUCAAGCUUUCGAUACAAACAAAAGUCUAUUAAUGCAAAAGAUUAUUGAUAAUAAAGAAUUAUUUACAUUUAUUGAAAGUACUUUCGAAACAGAUGAAGAUCUCAAUAAAAUUAUGCAUAAUGAAUGUGGUAAUCCAAAUAAUUUUAAUCUAUUGACUGGUGUUGUUUGUCGAUGUCAUGUUGUUUAUUAUAAAAACUUUUCUCCAAAAGAAAUAAUUUGUGAAAAAGAUGCACUGAUCUUUAAUUUUCAUCAUGCUUUAUUUUAUUUUCCAUCAGUGAAAAUGUUUCGUGAAGAUCUUAAUCAGGCACAUACAAUGUGUUACUUGGAAUAUGAUGAUAAUACAACUUUACGUUAUCUUGAUUAUGCUGUGGCUGAACAACAAAUACCGAUGACCGCUGCCAAUGCUUUUUGGCUUGAUGCUCUUCGUGAUUGUGAAAUCAAUCGACAUCGUGUGUCCGAUGAACAUCGUACAAGUCGUGGAACUUCAAUUUCAUUUCAAUUUGAUAAAGAACUUUCAAAAGCAUUUCUAAUUUAUACUUCAACAUAUAAUAUUAAACUUGAAUAUUUAGCACUUGCUUCUUAUUAUACAUUCUUAUUUAAAUUAGCCAAUAAUGAAAAUAAUAUUUAUAUAUUGUUAUGA